AUGCACCACUUGGAGUACUUCAAGAAGGCCUUGACCGGAAACUGGAAAGAGGCACAGGAAGGCAUUCUAUUCGAACGCGGUAAGCCAGAUCACUACUACUACGACUGCGGCUGUUGUGGCGACGACGAGGAACAUUAUCAAAACCCCAGCAAAUGUCUUCCGUCCAUCCAGGCAUAUGUUCUCGCAAACAGGCUGGUCGCCUACAGCUUCCGACGCGACGCUGGCGAGCUGGCCAAUAACCUCCUCAAUUCCAGAAUGUUCACACUGUCCAAUUUGUACAUGAUGGUGCCCUACGCAUUCGAACAUAUCCCGCCUACGAGGCCCAUUCUCCAACACCUAGGCGAUAGGUUUUGCGGCAUGAAGCGGAAACCGGAGGAUAUCGAAAAGCUGGUAGAGGUUGAGACCAAACUUCCCGUUGCAUUCACUCGCAAGGUUGUGCGUCGCUACCAAGAACUAGUUGAGAGCAGCAAGACAGGGAAUGGAAUCAGGCGAUGCUACAACGCUCAUACCGAUAGCGAGGAGGAGCAAUGUGGACGCCUACACAUGAAACGGAAUGACAAGACGGAGCUUGGACAUUUCCUGAAACGCCCUUAG